AUGACUAAACUGGACAGAAUCCUGGCGAAACCUCACAAAGUGCUGCUGUGGUCCUUCACGGGGCUGAUCGUGGCAGCCACAGCAUUCACUUUGUUUGAGUCCAAUAGCACUACAAAGAGGAUUAACGAUAAGAAGAAGAGGGUUAAAAGAGACAAGAGUGUUGAAGAGAUUGAAAGAGACUCCAAGGAUGUGUCACGUUGGAGCAAGAAGGAGUUGUUUGAUUACUUGACGAGACAUCAAGUGUAUCCAGACGUUGAGACUGAGCCUGAAGAGCUGGUGAAGUUGGUCAAGUCGAUAAAGAGGUUGUAUCCAGACAUUGAUUAUUGA